UCACAAAAGUUCAAUUCCCGUCGUGGAUCCUACAAUUAAUCAAAAUAAAAGUGAAAUUCAGUCACAAUACAUGGAUAGAAUGGAAGAGACUAGAGGGUCCUACCUUACUAAAGAAAAUAGUGAGGGGGAUAUUUCUGUCAAAGGUCUGCCAGGAAUACAACUGACAGAAGAAGAAGAGAAGGAAAUUGGCAAUGUUGGAUGGAAGCCAUUUUUGGAUUACAUCCUCGUCUCAAAGGGAUCGUUGAUGCUUUCUUCAGUUAUAAUUACUCAGAUUGGUUUUGUUGCUCUUCAAGUUGUUUCAAGUUAUUGGCUAGCUUUCGGCAUUCAAAUUCCUAAAAUUAGUAGUGGCAUCUUAAUUGGAGUAUACACUAUAAUUUCGACAAUAAGUACCUUCUUUGUAUAUCUAAGGUCUUUAUCCGCUGCUUUUCUAGUAUUAAAAGCUUCCAAGGCUUUCUUUUCAGAUCUCACUAAUUCUAUUUUCAAUGCUCCUAUGCUCUUCUUUGAUUCCACCCCAGUUGAACGAAUUUUGACCCGAGCUUCAUCAGAUUUAUGUGUGGUGGAUUUCGACAUACCUUUCUCAUUUGCCUUUGUGGUUGCUCCUUUAAUUGAAUCGGGUAACAAUCAUUGGCAUUAUGGCGUCAGUCACGUGGCAAGUUCUCUUUGUAGCAUUCUUUGCUACAGUGGCUUCAAAAUAUGUUCAGGUGAGUUUCAUUUUCCAACUUAAUAGUAAUAUUUUUCUUAUUUUCAUCGAUGAAAGGAAAAUUUUAAUUAAGAAAAUUCUU